AUGCUUGAUUUUUGGCUCAACUACCUAGAAAAUCCGACACUAUCGGUGCUUCCCCAUGACUUCCUCAAGCCCGAGAACAAUAGGUCGGUGGAGGCCACCAAGCUGAUCCAGAUUGCAGUCAAGCCGGACUUUGUUACUGGUUUAGCUGUAUUGGCAGCACUCAUUUUCAGAUUGACCGGUGACGAUGAUGUUGUCAUUGCUACUGAUGCCGAGGCAGAAGGCGAACCUUUUAUUGUGAGGUUGACGGUGGACCCCAAGAUGCUGUUUAAGCAAUUGGAGGAGAAGAUUCGUCAGGAAUACGACACCAACCAACACAAGGUGGAGUACCACAAUUUGGACGACAUUGCGCAAGCAAUCAAGGAGCAAAAGGGACUAGAAACUCGUCCUCCAUUGUUCAAGAUCAGUUACCAGUUCGCCAGAGAGUCUCAGAAGUUGGAGACCUCUGUCAAGGGCUCUGUGAGAGACUUGGCUGUUUUCAUUGAUCCCAAGACGGCACAAUUGCACUUUUUCUACAAUGCUUUGCUUUAUCGCUCAGAGAGAAUGGACAUUUUUGCCGAGCAGUUUAGCCAGUUCACGACGGCUGUGAGUCAGAAUCCUGACGUUGAGAUCACCAAGGUCAACUUGAUCACACCUACCCAAAAGUCACAUUUGCCUGACCCAACAUUGGACCUUGACUGGAGCGGCUACAGAGGGGCCAUUCAAGACAUUUUCAUGAAGAACGCCUUGGAGUUCCCUGACAGAACAUGUGUGGUCGAGACAAAGCUGUUCAUGGAUCCUUCCUCCAAAACCAGAACUUUCACCUACAAGCAGAUCAACGAAGCUUCCAACGUGGUUGGCAAUUACUUGAAGGAGACCGGUAUCAAGAAGGGUGACAUUGUCAUGAUCUAUGCCUACAGAGGUGUGGAUUUGAUGGUCGCUGUAAUGGGUGUGUUGAAGGCUGGUGCUACCUUCUCUGUCAUUGACCCAGCCUACCCUCCAGCUAGACAGAACAUCUACCUUUCCGUGGCCAAGCCUCAGGGUCUUAUUGGCUUGGAGAAGGCUGGCGUGUUGGACGAUCUUGUCAAGGACUAUAUCAAGGAUGAGCUAAAUGUGGUGACUUCUAUCCCACAGUUGAAGCUUCAGGAUGACGGUUCAAUUAUCGGUGGUCUGGAGAACUCUUCUGAAGACGUCUUAGCGGCAUAUCAGUCGUUUGCUGAAAAGCCUACAGGAGUAAUUGUCGGUCCUGACUGUAACCCAACAUUGAGUUUCACUUCCGGCUCGGAAGGUGUGCCUAAGGGUGUGUUGGGUCGUCACUACUCACUUGCAUACUACUUCCCAUGGAUGGCUAAGCGUUUUGGUCUUUCUUCCGACGAUAAAUUCACCAUGUUGUCUGGUAUCGCCCAUGACCCUAUCCAAAGAGAUAUGUUCACACCACUUUUCUUGGGAGCUCAGCUUAUUGUCCCUACAGCUGACGAUAUUGGUACUCCAGGUAAGUUGGCCGAUUGGAUGGCCGAAUAUGGCACUACUGUCACCCAUCUUACACCAGCUAUGGGUCAGCUUUUAAGUGCCCAAGCCACUACUGCUAUUCCAAGCUUGCACCACGCAUUCUUCGUUGGUGACAUUUUGACCAAGAGAGAUUGUCUCCGUUUGCAAACUUUGGCCGAGAACGUCUACAUCGUGAACAUGUACGGAACCACUGAAACCCAGCGUGCUGUCUCCUACUUCGAGAUCAAGUCCAGAGCCGCUGACCCUACCUUCUUGAAGAACUUGAAGGAUGUUAUGCCUGCUGGAAGCGGUAUGUACAAUGUGCAAAUGUUGGUGGUGAACAGAAACGACCCUUCGCAGACAUGUGGUGUUGGUGAGAUUGGAGAAAUCUACGUCAGAGCCGCUGGUUUGGCUGAGGGCUACCGUGGCUUGCCAGACUUGAACAAGCAAAAGUUUGUCACAAACUGGUACGUCGAUCCUCAACAAUGGACCGAACAAGAUCAGGCCAAUGCUGAUGUUACCAAGCAACCAUGGAGAGAGCAGGGCUGGUUUGGACCCAGAGACAGAUUAUACAGAACCGGUGACUUGGGCAGAUACUUGCCAGACGGUAAUGUGGAGUGCUGUGGUAGAGCCGAUGACCAGGUGAAGAUCAGAGGUUUCCGUAUCGAAUUGGGUGAGAUUGACACCCACUUAUCUCAACACCCAUUGGUCAGAGAGAACGUUACUUUGGUGAGAAGAGACAAGAGUGAAGAGCCCACUUUGAUCUCCUACAUUGUGCCCAAGGAGUGUCCCGAGUUGCAUGAGCUUAAGGCUGAUGUUGAGGACCAGGACGACCCUAUCGUUAGUGGAUUGGCUGCCUACGGUGCUUUGAUUAAGGACAUCAAGCUGCACUUGAAGAAGAGAUUAGCUUCUUAUGCAAUCCCCACCAUUAUUGUCCCAUUGGUCAAGUUGCCACUUAAUCCAAAUGGUAAGGUCGACAAGCCCAAGUUGCCUUUCCCAGAUACCGCCCAGCUUGAAGCUGUGGCCCGGUUGGCUGCUGAUAAGAGAGGUAUUGAUCAUGAGGAGGAGAGCUUCAACGAAUUGGAGGCCACCAUUCGUGACUUGUGGAUCGAGGUUUUGCCAAACAGACCAGCCACUAUCGCCAAGGACGACUCAUUCUUCGACCUUGGUGGCCACUCUAUUUUGGGUACUCGUAUGAUUUUCGAGUUGAGAAAGAAGCUUAAUGUUGAUGUGCCUUUGGGAAUUAUCUUCAAGAACCCUACGAUUGAGCUGUUCUCCAAGGAGGUUGCCAAGUACAAGAAGGGUGACUUUGCUCAAUUGGCUGACGGUAAGGCGGAGCAUCACGAAGUGGAAAUUGAUAACUCUCUUUCCUACAGCGAUGAUGCCAAGGAGCUCACCAGAGAUGCUCUUCUCAAGCUGUACCCAUCAUUGGAGAAAUUGGACUUUUCUUCAACUGUGAACGUCUUCCUCACUGGUGCCACCGGUUUCCUUGGGUCCUUCAUCCUUCGUGAUCUUUUGCUGGGCCGUAAGGGUGACUUCAAGGUUUACGCCCAUGUCAGAGCAUCUUCUGCAGAGGCUGGUCUUGAAAGAUUGCGCAAGACGGGUAAGACGUACGGUAUUUGGAACGAGGAGUGGGCUUCUAAGAUUGAGGUUGUUCUUGGUGACUUGAGCAAGCACCAAUUUGGCUUGGAUGCCUCUACUUGGUCUACGCUUGCCAACGCUGUGGAUGUCAUUAUCCAUAAUGGUGCUUUGGUCCACUGGGUGUACCCAUACUCUCAAUUGAGAGACGCCAAUGUCAUUUCUACAAUCAACGUGAUGAACUUGGCUGGAGAGGGCAAGCCUAAGCAGUUUUCUUUCGUGUCCACCACAUCCACUCUUGACAGCGACUACUUCAUCAACGCCUCUGACGAAUUGACAUCUAGAGGUUUUGCUGGUAUUGCUGAGCUGGACGAUUUGAAUGGAUCCAGCACCGGUUUGGGUACUGGCUAUGGUCAGUCUAAAUGGGCUGCUGAGUACAUUAUCAGAAGAGCCGGUGAAAGAGGUUUGAAGGGCUGCAUCACCAGACCAGGUUACGUUACUGGUUUCUCCAAAUCUGGUGCUUCCAACACCGACGAUUUCCUUUUGAGAAUGUUAAAGGGUUGUGCCGAGCUUGGUUCAUACCCAGACAUCACCAACAACGUCAAUGCUGUUCCUGUUGACCAGGUGGCUCGUGUUGUUGUGGCUACUGCACUUCACCCACCACACGCUGAUUACUUGGCUGUUGCACAGGUGACUGGCCAUCCUAGAAUCAGAUUCAAUGAUAUGUUGGCCUCACUCAAGACCUACGGCUAUGACUUGAAGUGUGAGGACUACCCUGAAUGGAGAACAUCGUUGGAAAAGUUUGUCAUUGCUGACUCCAGAGACUCUGCAUUGUUCCCAUUGCUCCAUUUCGUUCUCGACAAUUUGCCUCAGGACACUAAGGCUCCUGAGUUGGAUGACCAGAACGCCGUUAAGUCCUUGAAGGCAGACAAAGACCUUCUGGGAGAAGACAGAUCUGCCGGUGAUGGUCUUGAUGCUGCUCAGAUGGGCAUUUACAUCAGCUAUUUGGUGAAGAUCGGCUUCUUGCCAGCUCCCGCCAACCAGGGUGAGCCAUUGCCUGAGAUUGAGUUGACUCAAGAGGCCUUGGACCUUAUUGCCUCUGGUGCUGGUGCCCGUGGAUCUGCGGGAAAAAGUCCGGUGCUGCCUCUUCAAGGCAACCAGCUUAGCGGUACUGAGGUUCUGGCAAAAAAGAGACUUGUGGAGCAAUUUUACAUGCCUCGAUCCGAUCCUCCACUGAAAGCACACAGCUAUUCCGAUCUCAUAACAGCAUUUCGGCAGGGUCAACCGUCAGCUGAAUCGCCCUCUCGAGAACCUCGACAGGAAGAAGCUUUCCCAUGGCUGCAAGUGACAGCUAAAAAGUCAUUCAUGGAGUUGGCGGAAGAGGGAAAACUACAAUACUCACCCAUAGACCGGGACAUCCAAAGUCCGGCUAAAGUGGCCGAGAUGCUUCUAGGCGUGGAUGAUGAAGACGACGACUCGAGAGUAAUUGACCGGCUUGUUCUGGCCCUAGAAACCUCAGCGCUGGCGCUAGAGCGGAAAUUUGAAAAGGACCUCAAUGUGACUUGUGCACCCACGGAGCAGUUGAACAUGCUCAGUGAGUAUUUAAGCAAGCUUUCAGGGGAGGUUCAGACAUUGCAUAAAGAGCUUUCGGAAACCACACUGCGAUUGAAGAGUAACUUCAGGCUGCAGCUCCAGGUGAGCAUGGAGAAGCUUGAUAAGUUGGAUGAGUUGUUAAAGUCUUUGACUGGACGACUUGACGAUAGCAGACAGCGAAUGCAAAGCUCCAAAGUGGUGAUGACGGAGGAAAUGGCAGACAAAAUUGCUGUAUUGGAGUAUGUUGCGAAAAGGUUCAACGAGCAUGAUCAGUUGGUGAGACAAAGGAGAGUGACGCAACUGAUAUCGUUUCUCUGCUGCGUCAUUGGAGGUCUUUGUAUCUACGUUUUGGCUAGGAAGCAUUUGACAGAAGUGGAGGAAGAACUCAGUGUUACAAGGCAAAUCAUUGCUCGAUACUGCCCCGAAGUUGAUCUUCAGCAAUUAGUUGGCAAGCUUCGAAACGGGACAAGCAUCGAUGAUCUUCCAGACGAUGUGGUGGUGAAGCGAAGGAAAGUUGAAGUACCGAAUCAAAACGGCUUCAUCGGUCAUACCCCGCAGAUGAACAUUCUGCUGCUUUUGCAGAAUCAUGAUGACAUUCUGAGCCUGCUGCUGAUGCUACUCCAAAUUCCUCAGUAUCUUCCACCUUCUAUCAAUGAGACAGAUGCUAUGUCCAAUUCGAAAAGCUCAACUUCAUCUUCUCCAUUAUCCAACACAUACAGCAGCAAAUGCCUGUGGGAUGAACGCAGAUCCAUGUUGGAUAGAAAACUCUCGGUGACUGACGGAAUGGCUACAACUGAAAGUAACUGCUACUUGGGUACCACCAGUUCAGCUGCAUUGAUCAAUCUUAUUGGAGGUGGAUACUUCCUUCAGCAAAACAAGCCAAAAAUUCGAGAAAGCGAUUCGCCUUCUUCAGCGUCUUCCCUUGCAUCAAUCUCCAUUCCUUCCAGACUGAGAAUAGAGCACUACGUGAACAUGUACUUUGAAACGUACCAUGUGUCGUACCCCAUAGUACAUCGGCCCCUUUUCCUAGCUCAGCUUAAUGAGGUCGUGGAGGCACCCCCUGGAUGGCGUUCCUUGCUUUACAUAGUAGCCGCUAUAGGCCUGUUCAUGUCAGCCACAACCGGUGAUGAGGAUGAUGAUCUUACCCUCCUUGAUUGUGCCAAAAAAGAACUUUCCCUUGAAGAUCUAGAAACAGGCUCCCUCACGCUCGUUCAGACUCUAGCUUUGAUUUCAAAUUAUCUCCAAAAGCGAGACAGACCUAAUUCAGGCUACAACUACCUUGGCUUAGCGGCACGAAUGGCUCUUGGCCUUGGGCUCCAUAAAGAUUUGGCUGAGCCAGGCGAUCUGCUUUUGAACCAGGAAAUGCGUCGCCGUGUGUGGUGGUGCUUGUACAUCUUUGACUGUGGACUGACUAUCACUUAUGGAAGACCAUUGGGCAUUCCGUGUGCUGGACUCGACGCCAAGUUGCCCAUGAAUGUUGUGGAUUCGAAUUUGACAGCUAUGACCGCAGCUCCUCCUCAACAAGAGAAAGGACCCACUGUCUACACAAGCGUGAGGCUUCAAGCGCUUUUCCAUAUAUUCACCAACAGCAUAUACGAGAGGAUCAUCAGUGACCCAUUUCCGCUGGCUCAAACAUUGUUGCGGUGGGAUUGUGAAUAUAUUGAGCGCUGGAAGCUGUUGAUUCCCAGAAGUUUUCGAGAAGACGCCGAUGUCUCUGCUAGAUUCAAAUUGGCUCAUGCGGUCUUGCACUGGAGAUCCCGGAACCUUCGAAUCAUCAUGUACAGAACUUUCAUGUUGAAAAGGCUCUUUUCCGACAAGCAAGAGCCCGUGGAUGAUUACGAGACAAAGGCAGGUGAGGUUUGUCUUCGUGAGUGUAGCAUAACCAUCCAAAGCAUGGAUACCUUCUGGAGCGAAAAGGCCCAGUACAACCGGAUGGAUGCAUGGUACCUGCUUUUCUUCCUUAUUCCAGCAGUUGUUAUGCCACUUGUCUGUUUAAGGAACGAUCCUGUUUCUUCGGAAGCCAAUGCAUGGCGAAAAGAGAUCGUAAUGGCGCAAAGGGUGAUAGACAAAAUCCUGAAAAUCUGUCCUCCAGCGGCUAGAAUCUCCGAGUUUAUCAGUAGCAUGGCAUUAGGAUGUCUCGGAAACCAGGAAAACACCACGGGCUUUACACCAUUGAACGAUAAUAUGGCCUUUCCCACUAUAGCUGUUGACGAAAGCCCCAUGUCUCAGCUCAUGCAGCUACAUACGAUGCUCUGGCCCUCUUCCUUUGACAUCGAACAACAGUUCUAA